CCUGCACCUGCACCAGUGUGAACAGUACUCUACAAUGUUUCCGCAGAGGUGUGCGCGUACUAUGACAGUUUAUUAAAAACGUUAUUUUUUAAGUAAAAAUUUAAUAUAUAGAUUGUUAAUUAUGCAUUACGCAACCCCAAACAAGACCGAAGAUGAGAUGACGGUAGAAGAAAAGUGGAAGGUGCAGCAUACGAAAAUGCACGAACAACAUCAGGGGCACGAGGUGAUGCACGUAGAGAUGCUGCUUAUUCUAUUUGUAACAUUGGUAGUAGCACAAGUUAUAUUAGUCGAAUGGAAAAAAAUACAUUAUAAAUCAUAUCAGUUCGUUACUUUAAUAGCAAUGUGGAUUAUACCAUUUGGAUUAAGUUUAAAAAAUCAUUGGUGGAGGUUUAUAUUCUUUUGGUUAGUCACAUCUUGUAUAACAGGAUUAGUAGUGAGGAAAGCUAUUCAAAAGCCUAUAGCAGGCACCACACCAAGAUUGGUGUACAAAUGGUUUCUCUUUAUUUAUAAAUUUAGCUACGUAUUGGGUAUAAUAAGUUAUAUCAUAAUGAUAGCCACGUUUUUCGGUUUACACGUGGUGUUUGAAGUUAAACCGCAAAUAUGGAUGGAUUGCGGUUUGCUUAUGUUGUUUUACGGUCUUUACUUUGGAGUAUUAGGAAGAGACGUCGCAGAGAUAUGCGCCGAUAAAAUGGCUUCGCAUAUUGGGUAUUAUGUACCAGGCCAUAUGCCCACGAGGACUUUGGAACCUGGUGUCUGUGCAGUAUGUGGUAACAGACUGUUAGUGUCUGAGAAUGAACUCGGUGUUAUCGAGAACACGUACAAGCUCAGCUGCGACCAUGUGUUCCACGAAUUCUGUAUCAGAGGAUGGUGCAUUGUAGGAAAAAAACAAACCUGUCCAUACUGCAAGGAGAAGGUUGAUCUGAAGAAGAUGUUCUGCAAUCCAUGGGAACGACCUCAUGUUUUGUACGGACAACUACUGGACUGGAUUAGGUGGUUACUUGCUUGGCAACCGUUAAUUUUGUUUCUCGUUCAAUGUAUCAAUUGGGGCCUAGGCCUCGAGUAAGUAUCGGAUACUAGGAUAAUUGAAUUGCACUUAGGGCAUCAUCGUGUUUCCGUAAAACUAAUAAUUUAUUCAUGUAAACAAACAUCUAUUUGUAUUUUUCUACACAUUGUCGCUAAAAUAUUUGUUAUUUACAACAACGAAUUUUAUUAGAAGUACGUGACUCCAGUCCCACUUGUGAUUCAACUAUUAAUCGUAAUUCGAUCCCAACGUUAUAAACUUCUUCUGUACUAUGUCAAAUUUACAUCCCGUUUGUGUAACACUUCAUAGCAAUUCUUCCAAAGAUUAUUUCCUAGUGUGUGUAUAUGAGGAUUUCCAGUUCUUAUUUAAUUAAUAAUCAAUUUUAACAUUUAAAUCAUUUUCUUUAUUUUUUUAAUGACUGUAAGACAUUCAUUGAUUAUUGUAAAAUUUUAUUGAAAUGCGCAUUUUCAAAUACAAAUAUAUGAACUGUGAUUAUCCGAAUUAACUGAAAUUUAACAUAGCGUAAGGGUAACGAACAGUUCCGAAUUUUGUACAAUUUAAGAAAGAGCUAUUGACAAUAGAAAAAAAAACUUAGUAUGAUUUUCACUUUAGUACGGAAAUAGUUCUACCGAAAUUUAGCUGUAGCGUUUUUAGAAAGAAUACAAUUCGGAUAAUCUUCAUCGAAACGUUUCGUUGUAUGUGUAGAAAUAUCUUCAAUCCAUGAGAGCGAUAACAGUCUUUCGUCAUUCCACUUCCUUCUUCAAGCUAGUCAAACUAUAAAUUUGUAUUAAUCAAAUAACUUCUCAUCUGGUAUACUUAUUAUUCAUGACACUUUCCAAGGGUAUGCACUAACUGUAUUCUAUCUCUUAUUAACAAACAUCAUUGCUAAUUUUAACGAUCUAGUUUUAUGAAUUUCGAACUUGCGUGUCAGUAACGCGUUGAAAUGAAUUAGAAAUUCGUUCCCUGCACUCAAUUAAACUUUGUUGUAUAACGAAGGAUCGAUUUUAUUUAGUGAAAUAAAUACAUAUAUACGCGCAGGGUAAUUAAUUAUUUAGAAGGUAUUAGAAUCAGUAUUUCUGGAACGUAAUUAAAAACAGCUGUAUUUAACAAUAGAACUAAAUUAUUUGUGAUAUUGUUAUAAGUAUUACUUCGUUUGUAUUGCAUUUAUUUUCGAAAUGUACCAUGUUUGCACUUCGAUAUGAUAUUACUUCUAUUAAAUCGUUUUCCUGCCGAGUUGUUUCAGAAUUACAAACGAAAUAGUAAAGUAUAUAAUAAAAAAUAUAUAAAUAUUUCUUCUUUUAAUUCACUGAUAGUCUUCAAGAAAAUCUUUGGAAAGUAUUUUUCCAUUAUCGAAUUCAACAAAGCAGUCGCUCAAUUAACGCAAAAUUUAUUUUCACGAAAUGUUCCGCGAUAGUUAAAUUCCUAGAAAAGCUUUGUACAAAAUGUUGUACUAUUGUAAAUUAAAAGCGUUGUACAAUAAGAAACUUGAAGAUUCAAUCGAUUAAAUCUUCGUAUCGCAAGAAAUAAAAUAAGUAUAGAACUGAACUCGUUUGCGAAAUUUCUUUUUAAAAAACGACCAGGUAAUUGCGUAAUUAUUGUAAAUAUUUCGAAGGGAAUUAUAUACAUAUAAAUUGUAAGAAUUCAAAACAUAAAGAACGUUGCUCCACAUAAUAAAUGAUGUAUAAAAAACAGA